ACGGGAAGUGGAGGGGGAGGGGGCAAGUUCCUCCAUGGCUAAAUUCCCCCCUCCCUUCCUGCUUUCUUCUCUCUCCAUUGCAAAAGCCCCUCCUGGACUCGGGGUCCAGUGUGCAUUGAAGACGUAGCUGUUCCUUUCACAGAGGAAGACUUGGCUUUGCUGGAUCCUGACCAGAGAGCUCUGCAGAAGGAAGUCAAGGAGGAGAAUCCUGGGAUCGUGGCCUCUCAGGGUCCAGUGUGCUUUGAAGACGUAGCUGUUCCUUUCACAGAGGAAGACUUGGCUUUGCUGGAUCCUGACCAGAGAGCUCUGCAGAAGGAAGUCAAGGAGGAGAAUCCUGGGAUCGUGGCCUCUCAGGACCCUGCAGCUUCUUUUGGCUCCUUGACUCCUCAGGAAGGAUGAAAGAGACGGAUCCUGCAAAGCUAGCGAGGAUGGAAGGGGGAAGAUGGACGGUUGACCUGGUCAGUUUGUCUCCUGCAUCCCUCCCCACAACCUCUGAGCGUUCCCUCCCAGGGACCUCAGAGAGAUCAGGACCCUGCAGCUUCUUUUGGCUCCUUGACUCCUCAGGAAGGAUGAAAGAGACGGAUCCUGCAAAGCUAGCAAGGAUGGAAGGGGGAAGAUGGACAGUUGACCUGGUCCGGCUGUCUCCUACAUCCCUCCCCACAACCUCUGAGCAUUCCCUCCCAGGGACCUCCGAGAGAUCUGAUGGAGAUGAACUGGAAGGGAAGAACAGGGGGGACCACAAGAGAAGCCACAUAGUGGAGAAGUCAUAUAAAUAUUCAGAGUGUGGAGAGAACAUCCGUCAGAGCUCCCAGGACACCUCCCGUCAAAGAAAGAGCUUCGUUCAGAAGGAUAGCCUCACUUCACACAACAAAGGACAGAGCAGGGAGAAACCCUAUCAGUGCUUGGAAUGUGGGAAGAGCUUCAGUCAGAAGGCCCAUCUCAAUUCUCAUCUAUUAAUUCAUACAGGAGAGAAACCCUAUCAGUGCUUGGUAUGUGGGAAGAGCUUUAAUCAAAGCGCACAUCUCACUUCCCAUCAAAGAAUUCAUACCGGGGAGAAACCCUAUCAGUGCUUGGAAUGUGGAAAGAGCUUCACUCAAAGCAGCUCUCUCACUUGCCAUCAAAGAAUUCAUACCGGGGAGAAACCCUAUCAGUGCUUGAAAUGUGGAAAGAGCUUCAGUAUUAGCAGCAGUCUCACUUCCCAUCACAGAAUUCAUACCGGGGAGAAACCCUAUCAGUGCUUGAAAUGUGGGAAGAACUUCAGUCACAGGCAGACUCUCACUUCCCAUCAAAGAACUCAUACAGGAGAAAAACCCUAUCAGUGCUUCGAAUGCGGGAAGAGCUUCAGGGAGGGGACAAAGCUCACUUUGCAUCAAAGAACUCAUACAGGAGAAAAACCCUAUCAGUGCUUCGAAUGCGGGAAGAGCUUCAGGGAGGGGACAAAGCUCACUUUGCAUCAAAAAACUCAUACAGGGGAAAAACCCUAUCAGUGCUUCGAAUGUGGAAGGAGCUUCACUGAAAGCUCCCAUCUGACUUCCCAUCACAGAAUUCAUACAGGGGAGAAACCCUAUCAGUGCUUGAAAUGUGGAAAGAGCUUUAAUCAAAGCGCACAUCUCACUUCCCAUCAAAGAAUUCACACAGGGGAAAAACCCUUUCAGUGCUUGCAAUGUGGAAAGAGCUUCAGAAAGAGCUCCCAUCUCACUUCCCAUCAAAGAACUCAUACAGGAGAAAAACCCUAUCAGUGCUUCGAAUGUGGGAAGAGCUUCGGGGAGGGGGCCAAGCUCACUUCCCAUCAAAGAACUCAUACAGGGGAGAAACCCUAUCAAUGCUUGAAAUGUGAGAAGAGCUUCAGGUGGAAGGCCAGUCUCACUUACCAUCAAAGAAUUCAUAGAGGGAAGAAACCGUAUCACUGCUUGGAAUGUGGAAAGAGCUUCAGUCAGACGGUGAAUCUCACUUUGCAUCAAAGAAUUCAUACAGGGGAGAAACCCUAUCAGUGCUUGGAUUGUGGAAAGAGCUUCAGUCAGAGGAACAGUCUCACCUCCCAUCAAAGAAUUCAUACAGGAGAAAAACCCUAUCAGUGCUUCGAAUGUGGGAAGAACUUCCGGGAGGGGACAAAGCUCAGUUUGCAUCAAAAAACUCAUACAGGGGAGAAACCCUAUCAGUGCUUCGAAUGUGGAAAGAGCUUCAAUCGGAAGGAUAGUCUCACUUCCCAUCAAAGAAUUCAUACCGGGGAGAAACCUUAUCAGUGCUUGAAAUGUGGAAAGAGCUUCAGACUGAGCUCCCAUCUCACUUCCCAUCAAAGAAUUCAUACAGAGGGGAAAGCAAAAAAGAGAAAUAAAACAAAAAAUAUUAAACAACCCUUACAAAAUACAAUUGUAUAGAAAAGAGAAGAGGGGGGGAUAUAAACUAAAAAUACUGUUUAUACCAUUUGUAUCAUAUAUAUCAUAUCAUUCGUCAACCCAUAGAAAGGCAGGAUCCCCCUCUUC